AUGCCGACUCCUUCGUCCCAGUCGGGUCCGCACCCCGGCUCCGCACGCGCACAGAACCAGCAUGCACAGCAUGCACAGCAUGCACAGCAGCCAUACUACCCACAAGCACAGCCUCUUCAUCACCAGCAUCAGCAUCUCCAACGAUACCAGCAGCAUCAACAGCAGCCUUCGCCCCCGGCGUCUUCCUCCUCUCAACAGAGUCAAGCGCACCACGACAGAGCUCCACCAUCCCAGCCCAUCGGUCGCAGCCAGUCCGCCUUCAACUUCCUCCUCAACAAGGCAAAGGCUCCCUUCUCCUCCUCCUCCAGCUCUUCCACACUCAACGCCUCCACCUCCCUCUCCUCCCUCUCCGUGCAUCAGGAGGAUCCCUUUGACGACACCACAAAUCACAUCCAGUACCAUCGCCAGCUCCAGAACGACCACGCCUUUCCUCAGGCGCCUCCUUCCGCGCCACCAGCUCGCAGGACCGCUAGCGGCGGCAUCGAAAAGACCGCUCGCUCCCAUCCAUUUGCACACGACGCCUCUCAGCCCUCAAAAUCCACAGGCGCCCCCUUUUCCCGUCCCAGCUACUCCUCGGAAGAGCCACAGAAUGCCGUCGCCAGCCCCACAAAGCGCGGCUUCUUCGGCGGCAUCGGUCGCGAUCGCAAGGCGUCCACAGCCUCCAUCAACAAGCCCGCUCCCCACAAACCCAACUUCUCCCACAGCCCGCUCUCCAAACCUCAGCGCACCGACCCCACCAUGGCUGCCAACUACGCGCACUUCAGCAAGAGCCAGUCCGACCUCCACUCCCGCGCCGACUAUCCCUCGCCCACCAACAUGACCGUCGAGCUUCCUCGCCUCCCCGCCGUCUAUCACAACAGCAACACCGCGCAGCCUCCCAUCGAUCGCAACAGAUACCUCCGCUCCCCCAGCCCCGCCAUGAACUUUUCUCGCAGCGUCGACGACCUCAGCAUCGCAGAGCAGCAGCCCGCGUCACCCUACCCAAUCUCUCCCGCACACGGCCAGUCCUCCUCCUCCCUCGCCACCGCCGCCACGUCCACCUCGCCUGGCACCUGGGGCGAGCACGGCAUCCCCGUUCCUCAACCAGACUGGCGUCCAAGCGACAUGGGCACCCUCGCCUCCCCCACCCACCAGAGCGCCGCCUCCUUCCAACGCUUCAAGCCCGGUCACAACAAGCUCGACUCGGUCGCAUCGCAGCUCCAGCCUUCCUCCGGUUCCGUGCACUCGCCGCCGCACAACUGGUCCGGAAUGUCCCCGCCCCAGUACAGCUACAUGCAGUCCUCGGCAGCUCCAUCCAGCGCACGUGCAGAUGCAAAGCACGCCCGCAAAGCCUCCAAACUCAUGGGCAAGGACUCUUCGGCGCGCGGCGCUGUAGCCACCUCUCUCGCCGCCUCGCUCGGCCUCACUCACCUCGGCGCAGCCUCUGCAGCUGCCGUCCCGCCUCUGUCCAUCCUCACCACAGCAGAGCCAGUGCCGCUGCCACCGGGCGCUUCCUUCCAAGGCUUCCUGGCUCGAAACGCCAACAUCAGCCUCACCCUCGCCCAGCUCAGCGGUCAUGAUCAUGGCAAGGGCAAGGACAAGGAGAAGGACGUCACAAAGGGCUGGAAGCCCUACCGCGUCGUGCUCCAGGACGGCCGUCUGUGCUUCUACAAGCCGCCCAGCAACAUCUCGGACGACGUCAAGGCGCUCUUCCCCACAGGCAUCGUACGUGGCGUUCCCGACACCCCCGCCUCUUCUGCCUCCAUCUCGAGCCUCACCGCCGAUCAGCUCGUGAGGAGCGGCCUCAGCAAGCAGGACCUGCUCAGCGCAACAUCGAGUACGGCCGAGAUGACCUCGCCCCUCGCAUCUCCCAGUUUGAGACCACGUCUUCCCUCUGCGCGCCCCAACAAGUCCGCCACCACUCCUUCCGAGGUACCGACGACACCCGUCGCAGCGCCCCCACCUGCCGAAGCCGACGCACCGCGUCAUCAGUCCUGGCUCAAGCCCGGAAAACAUCCGAAUCUUUUGCUCGUCGACACUGUCGAUGCCCCGCCUGCAUGGUCGGACCGCAUCCAGGCCGGCACCUCGGAAGCACUUGCGCACGAGUUUGUUCACGCGACGCAAUUCCCGACAGAGCAAGCUGAAGCACAAGCCUCACGGCGUUCCAUCCUCCCAUCGCCACUGGCUUCCGGUUCGCGUGCAGCACCCAGCUCUGCAGAGUCCGCCGUCGAGUCCUUCGUGGUGGCCGUGCUGGCCAACGCUUCUUCUUCCGCAAAAGAUGCGCCGCAGGACGCGAACAAGCAGAUCAGCACAUUCUUCCUCGACGUCGUCAAGCAGGCAGAAGAACUGACCUCAGCCGGCACGGAUAUCUCGCAGUCCAUCUCUGCUUCCCUCCCGUCCCUUGCCUCACGAUUGCGCACGCUGCUCGAUGUCGCCACUCGGGCCGGCCUCUUUGGAAUCCUCACAGGCGAGACGCUGCAGAAGCUGGCAGUACUGGUAUCGAUGGACAUAGACGAACUCGACGACAAGAUGCAAGCCUAUGCCAGCCCCAUCCUGUCUCUUUCUGACGCCCAAUCGCCCGAGCAGCCUAGAGAUUGGAUAGCAAGGCUAGCAGAGAAAGAGGCCGCUAGUGCACGCGAGGAUCUGCGCAAGCUUCGCAGCUCUCUUGAGCUGUCGGACGACCUGCUGCUCCAGCUCGAGCCGCUCGAGAUCGCCCAGCAGAUCCAGGCCUUCCACGUCGACGCUCUGCGACGUCUUGUCAUCAGCGGAACUUCCUUCCUCGAUCUCCUCCACCCAAUAACGACGGACGCCGAUAGCAUCGCCGCUCUCAGCUUCGACUCGUUGUCGCCGCAUCCGCUCACCACGCUCGCUCUCAGCCACCUGCUCAAGUCCAGUUCCUCCGCCCAAGACGCGCCCAACGCCGCACAGAACGGCGCCCGACACCGCGCCUCGGUCCUGCGCCACUGGAUCGCCAUCGCCUCCUACCUGCUCUCUCUGGGCGAUGUGGCGGGUUGGAUGGCCGUUUGCGCGGCUCUCUGCUCUCGCGCAGUCACUCGACUCGAACAGACCUGGCGUUAUCUUGCCGAGGGCGACCGGGUUCUAGUGGCAGAGGAAUGGGCUCCCAUCCUGUCCAGCCUUUCCUGGACCGAGGGUCUGGCUGUCCACGUGCGUCCUCGCUUCGUCGGCGAUGGCACGCAGUCCUUCACCACCUCGCCCGACGGCACGAAGCUCGCAGUCGUCCCCUACCUGGGCAGCGCCUUCUACCGCACCUUGCGCCAGCCGAACAACCCCUCGACAUCUCCCUCUGGCAUGCUCUCCAUGUCCAACUCGAGCAGCGCAGAAGACGCCGCUCACCUUUGGGUUUCGGUCAACGAAUGGCGUUCGGCGUGGCAGGGAGAGCCAAGUCUCACCCUUGCUGCUCAUUCCGAGCCAGUGGAGGAGUACCAAGCAGCGUUGCAGCUGCUCUUCCAGAAUUCGAACACGCCGGUGUCUACAAUGGAGUCCAACAUGGAGCGCUCCUUCCAGCUCGAGCCGAAAGCGCUCGGCAACGUCGACGCUGGCAGCCUCGACGCCCGCGAGAGACUCUCUCUCCCCUCCAGCGCCGACGCCGACCUGCCACUGGCGCCGCUUCUCUUCCCGCAGCCGCUUCCGCUGCUAUCCUUGCUAAACAUGUCUCAGAUCAAGGCGUCACUUGGCCGUCGAAAUGACCCACGCGCGAACCAGAUCCACGAUCCCCAAGCCACCAUCACAUCACGCUCAAUCACACGUCCGUCGCUGGCAGGCUCGCCUCUGGCUCGUGCCUCGGCAUUCUCGCCACCCUUGGGCCGAUCGAGUCGCAACGCUGCAUUCAGCGGCGUCGAGUGGUCUACGAUCUCAGCGCCCACGAAGUGGGACGACGCCAGCAACGGGGCUGUCAAGAUUGGCAACGAGCUUGUACUGCGGUUGAUUCAGGAGGCCAACCUGUCCUUGCCCGGUUCCCCGAUGACCAGCAAGCGCUUCUCGCAGGACUUUGGCCGCGCUUCCAGGCCACUCUCCCAGGUCUCGAAGCGUUCCAGCUUGCCCGCAUCGAAUCGAAGCUCGGUGAUCGACAUUGUGGUGCCGGUCCAGGUGGUCGUCAAGGCAGCCACGCUUGAUCGCAUGAUCGACCUUCUCGUUAUGGGCGUGCAGCAUAUCAAUGUCCCUCCCAUCUCUUCUCCGAUGGAUGGCCCAGAGCAACAGAGCGCACCUCAGCGCAAGACUCGACUGGUCAUGGACAUGGAGUCGUACCGCACCACGUUCCUGGCCACCUUCCGCAGCCUCUGCUCUGCACCCGAGUUGUUCGAGCAGCUGCAAAAGCGCUUCUCUACCGCGAUCAUGGCGAGCAAGGAGCUGGCAGGCGCAGACGAGUUCCGUAGCUCGAGUCAGUUCCCGUCGUGGAUCGGCGUCAUUCCGGCUGGCAGCCAGGCAGAGCCGACCGAUUGGGAGAUGGUCUACCGUAUCCGCAUGGGCGUGGUGCUGACGCUGCGACUCUGGAUCGACCGCUUCCCUCAGGACUUUGUGGACGUCGACGACCUAUACCACCUCGCGCUCAACUUCCUGCGACAUCCCGGCAUGGAAGUCACAACCGAGGACCCCGAUCAGCAAAAGGUCGUGCAUGCCCUUGCUCAGCUUCGGAGCAUGUUUGGCUCGAGGAUCAUGGGCGCAAACGCCAGGCAGGAGGAGCGAAGCUACGCUACCAACAUGGCAGUGCAGAUCUCCGACAGUCGUCAGCAAGCCGACUUCGACUUUGACCGCGCAUCGGCAGCUGAGCUGAUCGAAUACCUCGAGUCGAUCGCGACGGUCUUCUUCGACAAAAUCGUUGAUCGCGACCUUCUCGUCGUCAGCGAGAUCUUUGAGAAGUUUGCGAUCCAACCGACUGCGUGGUACACGGUCAAGUCGGCCGGAACGGCGUCGGGUGAGGAGGACAAGCCCAUCACCAACAUGUACACCCUCCUUGACGUGUUGCGUGCGCCGGGCGGCACCAAUGCAGACGCCUCCAAGGACUCCACGGCUAGCCUCCGGCUUCGGAUGCCCUCGGCGAUCCACGACGCAUUGGCAGCUCAAAGCCUCUUCCGCGGCUGGAUCGCCAUUCAUAUCGUCGAGUCGGGCAUCGGCCUCGAGCGUCGUCAGGAGAGGCUAUCCAAGCUUCUCGAUGCCCUUUGGCUCUGCAGGGCUCGCAUGCUCAAGCUUCGGAAUGACGAGAUGACAGCCUCUGCGAAUGCUCAAGCUGGCAAUGUAGGUCCCAUUGCGGAUACCUCGCUGCCGUUCCGCGAGCCUACGAUUGGAUCGUUCGUCGAGUCGGCGAUCGUCAACACGCUCGGAUCUUCCGAGUCGCGCAUUUUCCUGCGUGCGUGGCAAGGUGUCGCCGCCGCACGCGGUGGCCGAGGCGACGGCAUUGAUGACCUGAUGCCAAAGCAGGUAGACGCCGAUCUGCGUUCGGCUGUCGACAUGGCCGGUACACCAGACAUUGGCUGGAUCCUUGCUUGCCUCGCCGAGGCAGCCACCCGAGCACCGAGUGUGCCAACGUCAACAAGCGACGUCGAGCUGAUCGACUUUGAAAAACGACGUACCAUGUGGGCGUUGAUCGAUGGUGCCGUGCGAGUGCGACCUGCAUGCAGUCUCCCUGACCUGGUCGACGUUGCUGGCGCCCGACUCCGGCUCAUGCAGAGUGCUCUGAAUCGCGUCAUCUGGGAUCGUCGUGCCUUCCGCGAGGAAGCAGCAAAGGAGAUGCGCAAUGCGCCUCCCGUUCGCAGCGAUGCCAAGCUUCGCCCUACCACCUCGAGCAAGGCGCUCUCGGGCCUGUCGAAGCAGCAACAAGAGAAGCUGCGUCGUGACCGAGCGGCACUGGAGAUGCUCAAGUCUCUUCCCUCGGCUCCUCCGAUCUCAUCGCGCGUUUCGAGCAUGCCGUCUAGUCGUGCACGCGCCUCAAAUGUAUCGUCGACUGCAUUCCCCUCGAUGCCGCAGUCGUCGGACAAAGCCACCAUGGUUCAAGCGCCGCCUCCCGACAAGGCGACGAUCCGAGCACGCCGCAUGACAGCGCUCUUCAAGGGUGCCGUGCGUCCGCUGAUCUCGUUGGACAAGCCCAACGAGCCCAGCAAGCCAACUGCAGAGCUGAUGCGUCUGACGCCCCUGCAGAAGCCUUCGCUCGUCGCCGGAUUGGGUGGCGCCCGUGUUUCGGUUUGGAACAACGCGCAACGCUCGUUCGUCUUCCACCUCACUUCGCAGGAGGGAGCCAAGUACCUUCUGCAGACCACCAAUGCUGCGGACCUAGCAGAAUGGAUCAGCCAGAUCGAACGCGCGUCCAAGGAAUACGCCGGGCCUCAGCUUCUCGAUGCGCGCAAAGGAGGCGUCCCGUCCAAGACAAGGGCGGGGCCUGCGCCCCUCUAUGCACGACCUUUGGCCGAGCUGGCAGAACGUGAGGGACACUCUGUCCCCACGGCCGUCGAGCGCAUGUUUGCCGAGGUCGAGGCACGAGGGCUGCGCGAGCAGGGCAUCUAUCGAAUCUCGGGCUCCAAGAGCGCCGUUGAAAAUUUGCGAACAGCGUGGGACCAGCAGCCUGCCGAGUCGAUCGAUCUCUCGACGGGCGAGUUCAGCGACGUGCACACCAUUGCAGGCGCUAUCAAGGCGUGGCUCCGUGAGCUGCCGGAGCCGCUCAUCACGUUUGACUCGUACGACGCGCUCAUCGCGACCAAUGCGAUGGAGAACGACGACCGCCUCUACGCCAUGCGCGACAUCAUCUGGAAGAUGCCCAAGUGCCACUUUGAUGUGCUCCGCCGCACCGCCGAACAUCUCGCUCGUGUGGUGGAAGAGGGCGAGAUCAACAAGAUGCUCGCGCACAAUGUGGCGCUCGUCUUUGGCACGUCGCUUCUGAACCCGCCCCCGGGCCCAUCGAGCGUUGCGAUCGGCUUUGGCAACCUUGGCAAAGCGGCCAAUGUCGUCAAGACGAUCGUCACCAUGCACGAGUGGCUCUUUGAGCCGGAGCCGGAGCCGGAGCUGGAGCCGGAGCCGGAGCCGGAACCAGAGCCAGAGGCUGGGCCGGAAGAGGAGGCCGAGGCUGAAGAGGGACAACGGCUCGGUGCCCAGCAGAAUGCCGAUAUCGAACAAGCCGACCCUGGGAGCGCAUCUGCGACCGAAGCUGGUGUCGAAGAGGCUUCAUCUCCCGUCGAGUCGAUCAAUGCGACGCGUCUACGUGGAGCUUCGAUUUCUUCCUCCCAGGACUCUCAGCCGGGCCUGAGCAAAGACGUCCCGGUGCUGGCCACCCGGCAGGACGAGGAACAGGCGCAGUCCGACGAGGAGGAAGCUUCCACACUCACUGAGCUUGCACCGCGGCCGCGCCGAGGUGGCCGAGCGCGACCGCUGACCAUUGUCGGGCUGGACGGGUUGGCCGCGCUUGGAGCAAACGAGGACAUCGCCAAGGUGCUCGAGAGCGGCACGACCCCAAAUGCCGAGGCAUCUGUGGGCGAGGAUGGCACGAGCGAGUCACAGCCAUCACAGGCUGCUCCACGCAUCGUUCUCUCCGGUGCCGGCGACGAGAGCGAUCGAGAAGCCGAUGGCGACGAGGGAUCGGACAGCGGGGAUGACGAUGACGAUUCGCGCGAGCAAGAUGCCGUCGCUGAUGCGACCGAGGUGGACUCUGAGGCCGCGCGAGUUCAAGAGAAGGAGGGGAAUGCGGACGAGGCUUCGGGCGCUGCAGCAAGCGCGCGACCCAGGAAGACGCGCAGCACGUACCGCGACAGCGUAUUCACGUCGUACUCGAUCUAUGCCGACUGCUUCGACAACAUGAGGCUCGAGAGUCAGUCGUCGGCGGCAAGCAUGGUCAAGCGCCAGUCGAUGCACCUCUUGAACUCGCCUCCUGUGGCGCAGGAGGCAGUCACGGGCGACGCGGCCGUGACCAGGUAG